UUUUGUCAUUUUGGCGGGCAAAUAGCAUGGCAGCUUGCGCACGCGCACUUACUUUUUCAAAUCCAUUUUGGUUGCAAGUCGUUAAAUAAAAGAAAUUUUAAUUUCAUUUAAAAUAAAGGAAAAGUUAUUCCUGCAUUGAGAUGGAGACAGAAAUAAAAAAAAUGGGAAAAAAGAAAAUGCAAAAAGAUUCACCACCUGAUGAAGGUGAAGCAGAAGAAUAUACAGUGGAAAAAAUUCUUGACAAGCGAAUUCGUCAUGGAAAAGUAGAAUAUUACUUAAAAUGGAAAGGUUAUUCAGAUGCAGAUAAUACAUGGGAACCAGAAGAAAAUUUGGAUUGUCCAGAUCUCAUAACAGAAUUUGAAGAGAAGCGUAAGAAAAAAGCAGAAGAAAAAAAAGACACGCCUGAGAAAAAAAGAAAAGUAAAUGGUACAGAAAGCAAUGAAGGAUUAGUUCAGAAAAAACGAAAGAAAACUGCAGAGGUAUUAAAUAUUGCAGAUAAUACAUGGGAACCAGAAGAAAAUUUGGAUUGUCCAGAUCUCAUAACAGAAUUUGAAGAGAAGCGUAAGAAAAAAGCAGAAGAAAAAAAAGACACGCCUGAGAAAAAAAGAAAAGUAAAUGGUACAGAAAGCAAUGAAGGAUUAGUUCAGAAAAAACGAAAGAAAACUGCAGAGUAUUUUAGUUUCUCUUUCAGUUCAUGCUUGUUUCAUGUAUGCACCUUGCAAACUUACUCAGUAAUGAAUUUUCAAAACUGGAAAGAACACUGGACACCAUGUGUAAUAUUAAUUAGAACUUUUUUAAAACUAUUAUUGAAUAAAACAAUAUAUAUAUUUUUCAGGAAAGGAAGUGAUGAAGCUGAUUUGGUUCCAUCACGUAUAGCUAAUGUUAAGUGUCCCCAGGUGGUCAUCAAAUUCUAUGAAGAAAGAUUAACUUGGCAUACCAGUUCAAACCAAGAGGAAGAAGUGAAGACUGAGAAAGAUUCAUAAUGGUUUUUACAUAAAAUGGAUAGUUCAUGUGUUUAAGAGAGAAGACAGCUACAAC